AAUUUUACAUGGUAUCUGAUUGUGUUUUCUAAUCUUUUAAUAAUUGGGCGUUGUAUUUGUUAAAGCAUUCAGUAACAUUUGUUGUCAAUACUUAUUUUCUUUAGUAUGUAUAGAUUUUAAAAUCUUGUAAUAGAAAAUAGAAAUUUGACGAUUAACAAAAUUAUUUAAUAGAUACAUUACAUACAACAGAAGAUGUAUGCAGUGGAGAAAAAAUUCGAAAUCGAGAUGAAGUUGAAAAGGGAAAUGACUAAUAUCCAAGAGCUGAAAGCUGCGGCAAAAAGAAGCUCGACUCUUGCAAGUGAUGUGUGUAAUGUGCUGGGUGCAUGCGAGCAGAGAUUGCAGCAGCUAGAGACAGCUGUACUGCCUCUAUAUGGUGACACUGCAAGGCUACAGCAAAUACAUCAUAACAUGGAACAUACAGUUACAGCUCUGGACCAUGUAAUAAACUACUACAUGGUGUCUAGAGAACUAGCUGAUCUCAUACAAGCAGGCCCUCAUACAGGUUCCACAGAGUCCUUGAACAUUUAUCUCGAGGCUUUAGAUAAGCUGGCAGAGGCUCAAAAUUAUUUCAACAAAAACAAUCCACAAAGUGUUGAACUAGAGAAUAUUAAUCAACUUUAUAAUGCUGGAGUUUUAAAAUUAGAGAAUGCAUUUGAAGAACUCCUCAGUCGUAAUACUCGACCGUUGUCUCCAACUUCCCUCAUGGAUAUGAUAGCCUUAGAAGAAGAUUCAAGUGUUGAUAGUGUCAGUGUGAGCGGGGGUAAUUCGACAUCGAGUAUAGCUCUCGAAACAAUGCGCGCCGCCGCGGCCUGGCUCAGCGCCGCCGGCAGACCACCGGCCGGGCCUCUGCUCGCUAUACGAGGUCCCGCCGCUUUGAACUCGCUUGUAGCUUUCAAAGAUUAUCUCAGGUCGAGGUCGAUGGCCGCCUCGCCACUGAUGAGAGCGAAAAAUAUACUGCAUCGCACCGAUAGCACUCAGAGACGAACGAGCAAAAUACAAAAAGUGCUGGAAAAACGAGCGAUAAAUAUAAUGAUGAAGGCGUCGCAGACCCUCGAGCAGUCCACCGGACUCGCCAUCGGCCCGCGGCGGUCCAUCAACGACUCGUACUCGGAGGAGUGCAGCGACGCCGUGGACGAGCGCGAGGCGGAGGCGGCGGGGUCGCUGGCCGCCGCGCUGUGCCGCCUGGCGCGCCGCGAGCAGCGCCACGCGCUCGGCCUCGUGCCGCUGCCGCGCCUCGCCGCGCUGCUCGCCGCGCUGCUCAAGGACUGCCUGGCGCUGCUCGCGGCCGAGGUGGAGCGCGUGUGCCUGCGCAGCCGCAAGGCCGCGGCGCGCUGCAACGCGGGCGCGGCGGCGUGCUGGGCGCUGGCGGCGCGCCUGCAGCGCCUGCAGCCCGACCUGCAGCGCGCGCUGCACCCCGCGUCGCCCGCGCCCUACGCCGCGCUGCUCAACAGCUGCACCCACCACUGCGUGCGCUCGCUGGAGGAGUGGGUGGAGGGCGUCCGCGGCGACGGCGCGGCGGGCGCGGUGGACGGCACGGUGCACCAGCUGGCGGCCGCCGCGCUCGCCUACUGCCACGCGCUGGCCGCGCACAUGCACGUCAUCGGUCCGGCCCUGAGCACGGAGGCGUGGUACGCCCGCGCGGCGUCGGCGCUGACGGCGUCGGACCGGAACGCGCUCAUGCUGGCGCUCUACAUGCGUAAAGUGUUGGCUCAAUUGAAUUUAUCGUUGAGGAACAAAAGCGAGCAGUAUUCAGACGCGCUGAAAGCGAUAUUUCUACUCAACAACACUCUGUAUUUAUUACAAGGUUUACAGCGCAGUGGGCUUCUAGAUAUUUUGAUGUUAGCGGAACCCGAAUGCGAAGCCAACUAUCGCGAUAUGAUCCAGGAUUACAAGAAUUCGUAUAUUCAAAGCUGGAACAAGCUCCUGUCUCACUUGGUGCUAGACGAGCCGCUGCCGGCCAAGCUCAGGGACAAGGACAGGCAGGUGCUAAAGGAUAAGUUCUCGGCCUUCAACCGCGAGUGGGAGGAGGCGACGCGCGCGCAGCGCAGCUACAGCGUGCCGGACGCCGAGCUGCGCGAGACGCUGAAGCGCGCCAACAAGCAGGCGCUGCUGCCGCCCUACGCCGCGCUGCACGAGCGCGCCGCCGCCGCCGCCUUCAGCAAGAACCCCGACAAGUACCUCAAGUACUCGCCGCUGCAGAUCGCCGCCCAAUUGGACGGAUAUUUCGACGAGGCUGCGUAAAGACUACCCGCGAACAACGUAUUUCAAGAAUGCUUUAGAGAAAUUUAUAUUUAUUAUUUACUUAGGAAAUAGGUGCUUAUAAAUGUAUAUAUUUAUUCAAUAAAAGACAUCUUUGAUUAUA